AAAGACACAAACAAGGACGUGUGCUUACUGCUGACGGAUUUGGGGAUUUUUCUUGCACUUGUUAUCGUGAGUUGUCGCACUUCUAGGGUAAACUAAUUAAAUGAAUAAGUAGUGUUUGGAUGUACUGUUCUGAAGAAUGCACAACCAUCAACUGUCCGUCUUGACUGAGGUAGUUUGUACUCUGCAGCUGGGUUCGAAACUGUUGAAAAAACUUUAAAACCUGUAACAUCUGUAAUCCGUUGAUGCCCACGGGAACAGGAAAGUAGGAGCAGCAUGAACUUAGAAGACCACGAAGGCCUCCAUUACCCUGGAAACUGAAGAUAUGUGGACUAAUGAACUUUCCAACACCUGACAUUGUUGACCAGAAUGGUAGACACACAGAGCCAGUUGUGUCCACUUUCUCCCCUAAAAGAAAAUGACCUGGGAGGUCCCCUUUCUGAAGAUUUCCUGUAUGAAAUGAGUGACAUUGCUCCGUCCAUUGAUGAUGACAGCUCAGGGGCAUUCAGCAUCACAGACUUUGCCUCAGGAAGUUGUCCAGGAUCUGAUGGAUCGGUGGUCACUGAUAGUCUUUCCCGAGGAUCAAGUCCAUCACCUGUGACCACCCCUACCAUUCCUUUUGCCUUAGAUGAAUUUACCAAUUCAUCAUUAUCUAUUGAAUGUAAAGUGUGUGGAGACAAGGCUUCAGGUUACCAUUAUGGAGUGCAUGUUUGUGAAGGUUGUAAGGCGUUUUUUCGACGAACAAUCCGACUGAAGCUUGAAUAUGAAAAAUGUGAACGCAACUGCAAAAUUCUAAAAAAGAACCGUAACAAAUGCCAGUAUUGUCGUUUCCAAAAGUGCCUUUCAGUGGGCAUGUCUCACGAUGCAAUCCGUUUUGGACGGAUGCCUCAGUCAGAGAAGCAAAAACUGAAGGAAGAGGUCCUAACAACUGAGUCUGAUUUUGAUAAUUCACAAAUGGCAGAUGUCCUAACUCUUUCCAAGCAUAUUUAUGAUGCUUACAUAAAAAACUUCAACAUGAAUAAGGCCAAAGCAAAAGCCAUCUUCACUGGGAGAUCCAGUAAUAACCCUCCAUUUGUUAUACAUGACAUGGAAACGCUUCAGUUAGCAGAGAAGACAUUGGUAGCAAAAAUGGUAGCGAAUGGAAUACAAAACAAGGAGGCAGAAGUUCGAAUCUUCCACUGUUGUCAGUGCACGUCAGUAGAAACUGUAACAGAACUGACAGAAUUUGCAAAAUCUAUUCCUGGUUUUCCUGAUUUAGACUUAAAUGAUCAAGUAACCUUAUUAAAGUAUGGAGUAUAUGAGGCAAUGUUUGCUAUGUUGGCAUCUAUUAUGAACAAAGAUGGGCUACUUGUGGCCUAUGGAAAUGGUUACAUUACACGUGAGUUUCUGAAGAGCUUAAGGAAACCUUUUUGUGACAUAAUGGAGCCCAAGUUUGAAUUUGCGAUGAAGUUCAAUGCACUACAUUUAGAUGACAGUGAUAUCGCUCUGUUCGUGGCUGCCCUUAUUUGCUGUGGAGAUCGCCCUGGACUACAGAAUAUAGCAGAAAUUGAAAAGAUACAGGAGAGAAUUGUGCAUGUGCUUCGGCUUCACAUAGAAUCAAACCAUCCAGAUGAUGCAUUUCUCUUCCCUAAACUCCUUCAGAAAAUGGCAGACCUUCGACAGCUGGUCACGGAACAUGCUCUUCUUGUCCAGAAAAUAAAGAAAACUGAAGCUGAUGCUCACCUGCAUCCUUUGCUUCAAGAAAUUUACAAGGAUAUGUACUAAUAUCAGCAAAUCCAUGGAAAUGUGAGGAAUUCUACAACUUCAUUAGCAGUAGUGCUUGUGACAUUCACAAGUGUAAAUGUCACUAAAGUAAGCACCGUGAUUUUCGUUGUUAUUUUAAAAAGAAGCAUCUACAGUCUCACUUUGCUAGGGAUCACCAUUUAGCAGAAAGCAAUUCUGCCAGAGCUUUUCCUGUUCGGUGGUCCCAGCGUAGAACAGGUACUAUGUAACUAUAACAGCAACUCUAAAAUUUGAAGUACCAUUAACGCUGACAUAUGACAAGUGAAAUGUAAAAAUGCACUUUCUGGAGUGUGAUUUGUGCCACUCCUUUUACAUGCACCAGACCACCAGGUGUAAUGUUUUUAUCAACCAGUUCCUUCAAAUUCCUGAUGUAGUAUUACCUCCUAACAUGCAUAUCUAGUGUUCGUCUAAAUGAGGAAGGUUGUCCAUUUCUGUACAUUAGUAGGUACUGCUCUAAACAUCUAUUAAGACUGCAGAGAGUGCCUUGUGUAAGGCAUCUAGAACUAAAAAUGUUGUUUUUACUCUAGUAAUAAAUCAUAUAAAAUAA